CUUGGUCGCUUUGUAUCACAUUUGACAAUGCCGAAAAACAUUCUAAUCACCGGUGGUGCUGGGUACAUUGGCAGCCACACUGUUCUUCAGCUAUUGUUAUGUGGAUUUAAGGCCACCAUUAUUGAUAAUCUCGAUAACUCUUCUGAGAUCGCCGUUACAAGAGUUAAAGAACUCGCUGGUCAAUUUGGAAGUAAUCUCAUCUUUUACAAGAUUGACCUACGGAACAAACCAGCACUGGAGAAAAUUUUUGCUUCAACAAAUUUUGAUGCUGUUAUUCACUUUGCUGGAUUGAAAGCUGUUGGUGAGAGUGUUCGGAAGCCAUUGCUUUACUAUAAUAAUAACAUUAUUGGCACCAUUAAUCUCAUAGAAGUCAUGGGUGCACAUGGGUGCAAAAAGCUUGUCUUCUCAUCAUCUGCUACUGUGUAUGGAUGGCCGAAGGAGGUUCCAUGUACAGAAGAUUUUCCCAUAGCAGCAACCAAUCCAUAUGGCCGAACCAAGCUUUUCAUUGAAGAAAUAUGCUGUGAUGUCUAUCGUGCAGACUCUGAAUGGAAAAUCAUAUUACUUAGAUACUUCAAUCCAAUUGGAGCUCAUCCAAGUGGUCAUAUAGGUGAAGAUCCCAAUGGAAUUCCAAAUAAUCUUAUGCCUUUCGUCCAGCAAGUUGCUGUGGGCAGAAGACCUGCAUUGACUGUAUUUGGAAAGGACUAUAAAACGAAGGAUGGUACUGGGGUACGUGAUUAUAUUCAUGUUGUUGACUUGUCAGAUGGACAUAUUGCUGCCUUGCGAAAGCUAUUUGACUCUAAUAUAGGUUGUGAAGUCUAUAAUUUAGGAACUGGAAAGGGAACAUCUGUGUUGGAGAUGGUUGCUGCAUUUGAGAAGGCUUCUGGAAAGAAAAUCCCACUGGUUAUGGCUGAGCGACGACCUGGUGAUACUGAGACAGUUUAUGCAUCUACGAAGAAGGCAGAGCUUGAGCUAAACUGGAAAGCAAAGUAUGGGAUUGAUGAGAUGUGUCGGGAUCAAUGGAACUGGGCCAACAAGAACCCCUAUGGUUAUGGAGGUCCAGACUCUGCAAUUUGAUCAGAAUUGGUUGUGCACCUCUACAUUUAACUCAUCGGUACAUAAAUGGCAGCUUAACAAUGUUCUGACAUUGUAGCAACCCUACCCCGUAGUCUGACCUCUGCAUCCUGUAGUUCUUUUCCUCCCUUCUACCCCCCCCCCACUUUCCUGUACCUGUACCUGUGGUUUGAGUAGCAGGCAUUUAUGAUACCAGCUUCAUCUAUAUCCUGAUGUUGGAAUAAUGUGGUGAUGAGAUUCACUCCAUUUUUUGCUACUGUAAAGUU